AUUCUACCGAACCAGAACUUAUAUCACCCCGUUUUACCGUCAAAAAUGAACAACAAAUUGAUGUUUGUUAACUGUCAAAAAUGUGGUGAAGAUUUCGUUCGAGAAGAGUGUCAGCAUUCUAUUCAAGAAAGAAGCCUAAAAGGAACUUGGGUGAUAGAAGAGGUGCUCAAAGCUAUUGAAAAAGGUUACCAGAUUAUAGAGACUUACGAAAUAUGGGAAUACGAUACAAUUCAGCUCAGUAAAGACCAAGAGGGGUUAUUUAGCGGAAUGAUGAACAAGUUUCUACAAAUAAAACAACAAGCUUCAGGAUGGCCCAAACAUUGCUUAACGGAUGAAGAAAAAAACCGUUAUAUUGAUGCAUUUUUGGAUACAGAGGACAUAAAGCUGGAAUUUUCAAAAAUUAUAGAGAACCCCUGUUUGAGAUCGUUAGCUAAACUUAUGCUGAAUUCUUUUUGGGGUAAAUUUGCUCAAAAAGAAAACCAAAACAAAACCUCAAUAGUCAGAGACUGUGGUGAAUUCUUUGAUAUGCUGACUAAUCCUUCUAUUCAUGUAAAUACAGUUCUCCCGGUAAACGAAGAAACCCUUCUCGUAACUUGGGAAUUUAGAGAAGAGGCGUAUGACGUUUCUUCAACGGUUAACGUUGUAUUGGCUUCAUACGUCACGGCCCUAGCUAGACUAAAAUUAUAUUCAUUCUUGGAGAAAGUGGAAGAAAGGGCAGUUUACGUAGAUACAGAUUCAUGUAUUUAUAUCUCUCGUAAGGGAUUAGACGACAUAUCUACAGGCGACUUCAUAGGUGAUAUGACCGAUGAGCUCAAUGGGGGUUUCAUAUCAGAGUUUGUUUCUGGAGGACCUAAGAACUACGCCUACAAAUAUACUACUUUGUCUGGAGAGGAACAGAUCGUAUGUAAAGUAAAAGGCAUAUCACUCAACUACAAGGCAUCCCAAGUGGUCAAUUUUGAGAAAAUAAAAGACAUGGUGCUGAAGAAAUCUGAUCCUGUUUCUGUACUUUCUCGACAGCUACGACGUACAAGAGAGCAUGCAGUAGUAACAGUCGAGUUUCCUAAGCUAUACAAGAUAACUUCAAUGAAAAGGAAAUUCUAUGAAGAUCAUACCUCUGUACCAUUUGGAUUUAAGAAAAUAAAAUAUUGA